GAAACUUGGUGUUUUGGAUUUUAGCAAAUUAAUAUUUCAUUCAUUAUUGUGGAGUCUUUUUAUUGUGUGUAUCGCUCUCCGCAAAAGAAUUUAUAAUUAUUUUUCCUUAGCUUUAUAGUUGUAUACUGAUUACCGUAGAAACAAUGACCGUGGAUGGAGAUGAUAAGGUUGAGAGGGAGCGCGUCUUCAUGGAUAUUUCCAUUGGAGGCCUCCCUUCUGGCCGGAUUGUGUUCGAAUUGUAUAACGAAAUAGCACCGAAGACUACGGAGAAUUUCCGUGCAUUAUGUGCUGGUGAUAAGGGCAUUGGAAAAGUUACUGGGAAACCAUUGACAUAUCAGGGAAUGGUAUUUCACAGAGUUGUGAAGGACUUCAUGAUACAAGGAGGUGAUUUUACCAAUGCUAAUGGUACCGGAGGCGAAUCCAUUUAUGGGGGGACAUUUGAAGAUGAAACAUUUGAGGUUAAUCAUGACAGGCCAUUCCUUUUAUCAAUGGCUAAUAGGGGAAAAGAUACAAAUGGUUCUCAAUUCUUUAUAACAACACAGCCGGCACCGCAUCUCGACAAUGUGCACGUAGUAUUCGGCGAGGUGGUCGGCGGCGCGACCCUGGUGCGGCAGCUGGAAGCCCUGCCGGUGGACCGCAACGCUCGCCCGCUGCAGGAUGUGCUGGUCACCAAGUGUGGACAACUCGUCAAGCUCAAACUGGGUAAAAAACGCAAACAGGAUAAAGAUAAAGUGAACGAUGAGAGUGGGACUGAGUCUGAGAAAUCUCAUAAGAAAGAAAAGAAAAAGAAGAAAGAUAAGAAGAAGAAAAGGCAUCAUUCAGGCUCUAUUUCUGAGCGCGAGGGAACUCCGGAGGCGAACCACCCCCUGGUGAUGACGUCCAAGAUUGAUCCAAGAGAGAUCCCCGAGGUUCCCACCAACAGAUUCCUCAUGCGCGGAGGACAGGAUAGGGAUAGGGGCGACAACAGGAGAGAUAGGGACAGGGAGAGGCCGCGGUACCGCGAACGUGAACGACCCUCGUAUACGCGCAGUGGCCGUGUCAUCAAGGGCCGGGGCGUGUUUCGUUUCCGCACUCGGUCCCGUUCCCGCUCGGUGACGCCCCCGCACUGGCGACAGGCGCAGCGGCGCAUCGUGAAGUUGGCUGAUGUUGAGAGAACUGAGCACGAUGUCCCGCAGGAGCAACCUAGGAGGGUUUUGGAAAAGUUUUCCAGAGACGGGCGCACUCCUCCCCCGCGUGAACGAGAAGAGGGAGAGAUCGACACCAGUAUGGAUGACUCCCGAGAGAAACUGGACUACAACGCACUGGACUUCGAGGAGGAUAUGGACCAAGAUGCGGAGGAAGGCGAGAUAGUUCAGAAGAAGAGUGAGGUGGGGCGACGCGACCUGCGGCACAGGAUGGAGAACAGAGCUGACCUGCUGGCCCGGGCACUGGGCGUCAACCCCAGACAUGAACGAGAAACAUUUGAUUUCCGCGAGCAUCGUCGCGAAGGUCUUUCGUCUGCGGUGAGUUGCGUCAACAAGGUGCCCUCCGCUGUGGUGGAGACAGGCAGACAAGCAUGGCACGAGACACAGGACGGGUUGGGCGGGCACGAUCAGGAUCGACAGGACCGACCAGACCGGGGUGACAAAGGCGGUAACGAGUAUGAUCCGUUCACUUUGCUUAGGAGCACUUUUGCCAGGAACAAGGAGCACCACAGGAGAGAGCCUGCAGCCGACAUUCAUCGCGACAAAGAGAGAAAAGAAGACAAACGUGAAAAAUACCGUAACGAAAGAGACGAAAGAACGGUUUACAGGAAAGAUGAGACAGUUGAUAACUCUGUAAAAAAUAAAACUGAUCCUAAUGUAAGAAAUGCUAAUAACUCCGAAAGAGACCGAAAGCAUGAUGUUAUGAAAUCCGAACGUAAACUAUUGGAGUCAGAAGAUCGAAAACGUGACGAUAAAGAUGUAGCAAAAACUGACAGAAAAAGCUUUGGGUCCGAGGAGAAGCGCGGCAAUAAAGAUAUUUCUAGACCUGAUAAUGAUACCAAACCUGACAGAAAGCAUUAUGAAUCUGAAGAUCAGAAACGUGACGACGAUAAAGCAAAGACAGACCGAAAGCGUCAUGAAUCAGAGGACCGGAAACGCGAUGUUAAAGAUACGAAGUAUGACCGAAACCGAUAUGAAUCAGGAGAUAAUAGGCGAGAUCUAUCUAAAGAUCGUGAAAGGUCUGUGACUAGAGAUAGUUCUAAUGAAGGUAGAGGUAGAUCUGGUGAUCGGAAACGCGACAAAUCCAAGGAAAAGAACGAGAUAAAUGUUAAAUCUAAGGAGAGGGAUGAACGACGUGAGGAGUCCAAAGAGAAGAUUGAGAGACGAGAUAAAUCUAGGGAAAGAAAUGAUAAGCGUGGCAGAGACGAAAGAAGCAAACGCUAUAGAUCUAGAGACAGAGGAGAUAUAACUGAAAGGACAAGAGACAAGAGUCACGAUAGAUCUAAAAACAAAUUUGAUGAUAGACGUGACAGAGACAGAUCUAGAGAUAGGAACGAGCGUGAUCGGUCUAGAGACAGGGAAGAUAGACGAGACAGGAGACGUAGAUCACGAGAAAGAUAUAGUAGGAGUCAGGAUAAAGACGAUGGCAAAGAUCGAAAGAGCUCAAAUCGUGAGAGGUCGAAGUCUCGCGGGCAUGAUCCCAAAUCGAGUGAAAUCAAAGCUCGGGGCAAGAUUGGGGAAAAAUCUGAGGAUGAAAAGAAAAAGGAGGAGGAACGGCAAGAGGCCCGCAAGGAGCUGAUGGAGAUAGUUCGUCUGAUCAAGUCAAGACAACGAGAUCGGCAGAACAAGGCGGCCGAGAGUAAAAGUAAGAGCAAGAAAAGGGACACGUCGCGAGAGAGGGAGUCGUCUGGAGACGAGAGGGGCCGCGGUGGGACUCGAAGCAGGACCCGGUCUUCCCGGCACUCCAACACGCCCCCGCCUCGCUAGCUGCCGCAGCACUUACUUCUUCACCGACGGGACAGCGCGACGAAUGACACUAAGAGACCCCGCAAACUGCAGACUUUCGAUCGGCCGAUAGUUUGGUUGAGUUUGGCUUUUAAGUGCGCACACUGGCCCGACUAAACAGUUGGGUCUGUAAUGAGCGCGCACACUAGACAACUAUCGGCCGACAGUUUUAGAGACGAUUCGCUAUUAGUUUUAAAUCGGCUAUUGAUGAGUCUGACCGACUAAACAAUUGGUGGUGUGCGCGCCUAGAAGAGCGCUGUACUGAUUUAACAGUCGGCCGAUAGUUUGCUGACGGUUCAGUUUGAAGGCAAUCGUGUAGCCCAUCAAACUUUUUUGUUGGCCAAUACCGAAUCGUUAUAAUGUGCGCACUCUCAUACAUCUGAUUAAGAAACCAACCAAACUAUCGGCCGAUCAAAAGUCUGCAGUUUGCGGGGUCUCUAACACGUUCGAUACAAUAAUAAUUAUUGAUUUCACUCGACAUUUUGUCAACUAGCGGCCUCCCAACACUCUCAUAUAUGCAAUAAUUAUAUUCAAACAACUUUACGUUUAUUUUGUAUCGUGUCCUGAUUAUUUUCCUAAAGGUAUAAGUGGCGGCGCGUGAAAUAUUAUGUGUGUGUAUUAGACUGCGUCAGAUUUUUUUUUGAGUAAGUAUAACUAAAAAGUUUCUUUUGUUAGACAAUAAUAACCUCCUAAAAUAUGAGCUUGAUAUUUUGAAAAUUGAGCUGGCGCAUGGAGGGGUUCUCCUUUCCCAUUUAAAAUACAUUAGAAAAAAAAAAUCUUUAUAUUAUUGUAAAUCGUCGAAUUUUUUUUUCAAAUUUUCCUUUUCGCUAUCUUGUAGGAAAUUAAGUACAAUAACAAUAAUUAUUACAAUGAAGACAAAGAAUAAAGUUUUUUUUUAUGUAUUUUAAAUGGGAAAUCUCUGGGGAAUCUCUAAUGGGGAAUCCCUCCCAUGCGCCAGCUCAAUUUUCAAGAUAUCAAGCUCAUCUUUUAGGAUGUUUGUUUUUUGUCUAAUAAAGAAACUUUUUAGAUGUACUUACUCAAAAAAAAAUAACAGUAUCUGAGUGUAUGUGCGAGUGUGUGUAUAUUUAACAUACCAAACAAUAUAAUAAUAACUAAACUAUUGUAUAUUUACAACAAAAAAUAACAAUACAAUUCAGUACGUGACUGUACACUGGAAGUCUCUGGGGUGCCGUAUCCGGUAUGCCGGUAUUGGUUCGCCCUUCAUCCCUCAAGCCCCUCUAGAUACCUUACUUUUGACUUCCGCGCAAUAACGAUCAGCGCUAGACUUAGGCCGGUCCAACAUUGGCAGCUAGUCGGUCUGGCCAGCAGGCCCGACCCGGCAAGACCAGACCAGUUCAGACUCGGUCCUACACUGCAGCUAGACAGGAGCGGAUGAACCAGUCAGAAUCCAGAGUCAGUACUAUGUGAACUCUCGACAAGGAAAAGUGUCGAUAUUGUCUGGAGUAAGACGCAAAACAAACCUGUUUGGUUGUUGUCAGACCUGUUCAGACUUGUUCCCCCUCCCCGGAGUUAGCUCUGGCUCCAGUGUAGGGGGGGGGGCCCACGACGGGUCAAUGUUUGUUUUGUUCAGUCUGGUCGGGAGGAAUUCCGCUUCCAAUGAAGGACCGGCCUUACGUGCCGCCUCUUAUACUACCUUAGUUAAGACGCUAUACGUUGUAAGUUAUCUGCUAGUGAUCGUGCCGUUUUGGAGGUCGUCCGCAAAAGACACUCAAACAGACAAACAGUUUUAAACUGGCAUUCCGUUACAUUUUUUUUCCGAAUACCAUACUAUUAUUGAUAAGUGUCUGAUAUACUUACAUGUAAUAAAAUUAUUGGUACUUUGGUACACAUACAGACACAUUGACAGAUAGUUGAUUGUCUACUCACCGUGGCCUUUCAAUUGACUUCCGCAGUUCUUACAGGCAUAUCGGACAUUCUAUGUUCAGUCGAACAGUAAUGAUAGGAAUAGUAUCGUAUUUGGCCCCGCCCACAUCACCCAUUUCUUUCACUCUCCUUUCGUGAACACACACACACUCUGUGUUUCAUUCGUUAACUUUCUUUCUUUGUCGUUCAUUAUCUAAAAUCUGUGGAGUCGGCAUGACGCUACGCCUUAGAUCAUAGUUACUUUUUUGGACAGAUAAUCAUAUUUUACACCAUCUGCUCGUUUCGUCAGUUACCCAAUAAAUUAAUGUUGUCUGCUUAAGGCCUCACAACAGUCAAAAUUUGUUAUAUCAUUUAUAAUAACAUAUAUAUUAUAUAUUUAAUUAUAAUUGUGUAUAAAUUACCUCUUCACCGAAAGACCGUUACAUAGCCGAGCUAUAUAGCAGUAUCAUUCAAUUCCCACAUGCCGACGUUUUCAUUUCGAAUAUAAAGUAGGAAGAAAAAGUUGUCGGUCUCAACAUAGUUUCAAUUUGAUCGAUUCCUACUGGUUUCCCAUUAACUUUAAGCAAUCGGAUUUACAUUUAUAACUUAACGAGCUUUCGUGCAUAUAACAUACUAUGUUGAGUGUGUAACUUUACUAUCUCAGCUUUGGUUAUCACUUAUGGGGUCAUUUGUAAAUUUUUCAGUUCUUUAUCCAAAAGCCUAUUAAUUUUGGUAAAUUUGUCAUACUAUAUUAGGUAUGGAAGAUUAUAUUACUUCGUCUUGACAAUGUUAUAGUGACACUGCAUGGCUUAAAGGUCUCGUUACCAGGCCAUAAAAUCCAAAAAAAAAGUGACAGCUGCGUUGAUAGUUGUGAUGUCAAUCAUGAUUUGAUUGACAACUAUCAUAGCAUGGAAGGUAGAGGUAAGGAGAAUCAUCAUGUAUAUGAAAAAGUGUCCGUCAAAAUGUGUUAAAUUAGGCUGGCGCUACAGUAUAUGAAAAUUAGUGUCGGCUCCACAGUAGCAUCAGGGUAAAUCUUUAAAAAAAGCGUCAAAUAUAAAAUUAUACAAAUCACUCUAGGUACAAGUUUCCCUAUAAUAAUUCUGUAAGGUUAUAUUUACUACAUUAUUUUGUACGACGCAUUUUGAUUUUUUUUUUAAAUCAGCAUACUUCAGCUCGUUUACAAUUGCUACAUUCACCAGACUUCAUACCUGUGCCUACACCAGCGCCACUGUGGAAGCUUUUUGAACUGUUAUUUACAGCAAAAGCUGGAUACUUUUUCAACUUUUCUCCCUUAAAACAUGAUUCUCGUUGCCUCUACCGUUUAUUUUAUUAUAACCCAAGGGAAAUGAAGUUCAUGAUGUGUUUCAAUAAGAAUUGAUAAUUAUUAUAUUGUUACUUAUGUGAGCUAAAAAAUAAAUACAAUAAAUGGUG